CCUCGCCCCGCCGGGGCGGGCCGGGACCGUGCCCGUGCCCGGGGCCGCACCGCGCGGGGUGGGGGGUGGGGGGGCCGGCCCGGCGGCGCGAUGGGGCCGGGGCGCGGGGCGGCGGGCCGGGGUCCGGUGCGGGCGCUGUGGCUGCUCUGUGCCGUGGCCGCGCUGUGCCAGCUGGGCAGCGGCAGCGUCCUCCGCCGCCGCCUCCACGCCGCCGGUUUCCUGCAGCGGCGGCUGAGCGGCGGCGAGCGGCGGGACGUGCAGCGGGAGAUCCUGGCCGUGCUGGGGCUGCCGGGCCGGCCGCGGCCGCGGAACCCCCCCGCCGCCCGCGGCCCCGCCGCCGCCGCGCCGCUCUUCAUGCUCGACCUGUACCACGCCGUAGCCGGCGAGGAGGAGGCGGAGGAGGAGGAGGAGGAGGCUGCGGUGUCGCGGCCGGUGCUCACCGGGCUCAGCACCCAGAGCCCCCCGCCCGGCAGCGUCGUCAGCCGCGCCGACACCGUGGUCAGCCUCGUCAACGUGGUGGAGCAGGACCGGGACAUCUUCUCACCGAAGCCCUACUGGAAGGAGUUCAGAUUCGACCUGACCCAGGUGCCCGCGGGCGAGUCGGUGACAGCCGCCGAGUUCCGCAUCUACAAGGCACGAGGUGUCACCCGCCACGGCAACAACACCCUGCACGUCAGCGUGUACGAGAUCGCGGCCGAGCACUCCAACAGGGAGUCUGACCUGUUCCUGCUGGAUGUCCAGGACCUGCAUGCUGGGACCGAGGGCUGGCUGGUGUUCGACGUCACGGCUGCCAGCAGCCACUGGUUAGUGGAUCAGAAAUACAACCUGGGGCUGCGCCUCUACGUGGAGACAGAUGAUGGGCACAGUGUGGACCCGGGCUCGGUGGGGCUGCUGGGGCGCCGGGGGCCCCGUUCCAAGCAGCCCUUCAUGGUGACGUUCUUCCGGGCCAGCCCCGGCCCCGCACGCAUCCCACGGGCAGCCAAAGCCCCGAGGCGGCGGCAGCACAAGAAGAGCAACGACCUUCCGCACCCCAACAAGCUGCCGGGAAUCUUCGAUGACGUCCAUGCUGCGGAUGGGCGGCAGGUCUGCCGACGACACGAGCUCUAUGUCAGCUUCCAGGACCUCGGCUGGCUGGACUGGGUGAUCGCUCCGCAGGGGUACUCAGCCUACUACUGCGAGGGGGAAUGCGCCUUCCCCCUGGACUCCUGCAUGAACGCCACCAAUCAUGCCAUCCUGCAGUCCCUGGUCCACCUGAUGAAGCCCGAGGCCGUGCCCAAGGCGUGCUGUGCCCCCACGAAGCUCAGUGCCACCUCUGUCCUCUACUAUGACAGCAACAACAACGUUAUCCUCAAGAAGCACCGGAACAUGGUGGUGAAGUCGUGUGGCUGCCACUGACGGCCGCGUCCCAUCCCCACCAGAGCAACGUGACACUGGGGAAGAGGAAUUCCAUGGGCUGCAUCAUAGCAAAGUCCAUUAAUAACAAUGAAUAAUAAAAAUAAACCCCUCCCACCCCUUCCUAGAAGUGGAUGUAAAUAAUAUAAAGCUUCUAUUCUCUUACCACACCUCAUGAGACACAUCCAUAUAUACAUAUAUAGAGGAAAGAGAGGAUUUGUGACUGGUUACGUGUCUGCAUUGGCUGUGGUUGAUGUGUUUUCCCCUCGCUGCAGUCUCUGGUGGAGGCAGUUUGGGCUCAGGGGUAAUGAGGACAAGGGAGGCAGCACCCCAGCUGCUCUGGGAUGGAGCUGGGUCUAGUCCUGUACAUGCACCUACCCACCUUGUACCCUUAAUGAAAACACAGCAGGCAGGAGCCGGCUGCCUCCCCCGCUCCUGUUUAUUUCAAGUUCAUAAACCUCAGGCAGUGAGAAGAAAAACUCAGAAUCCACCUUGAGCUACAACACUGUUAUAAAAUAAACACCUCGUCUGGAAAGCAAA